GGCUGUCAGAAAAUCAAGAUCCAUCCAUUCAUGGAUUGCCAGGUCUGGAAAGCCAAAUCUUGGACAACCAACCCCUAUUCAUCAACCGCACCUCCACGUUUUUUUUGCCUGGAGGUUUUGCCGCUGUUGCACCUCCUCCUGAGCGGCGACUGCGAUUUGAUUUUUGCGGUUCCUGCGUUUGCCAGCAACUGCCUUCAUGUCUCUCGUUUAACGCCCCUUCAAUUCGAUUUAAUCGCCACUUGGCUGGCAUGUGCGACUUGGCCUCGAGCCCUUGAACCUCGAAAGCCACCUUCAGCUUUCGCCUCCUUAGGGACUCUAAACCCGUCCCUAUGCGACGCACAUCGGUCUCGCUGCCGACAAAGCACAUCGCCUACGAUCCUCACGAGAAACCCGACCGAUACGACGACAACCGGGAAGAGAGUCUAAUCAUGAAGAUGCAAUCUGCUUGGGUAUCGCAGUCGCAGCGGGCGCGCUACAUUAAGACUGGCUCCAUCAUUUUCGUUGUGUUUUUGGUCUUCUACUUUUUCUCGCCCUCAGGGGUAGAUAUCUAUAAUGGAGGAUCAUCAGUUGGAGGGCAAGCUGCUCAAGGCCAGACACCAUCCGACUCGUCUUAUGGCACCGACAAAUGCACCAAGUCCUUCUCCAAGGACAAGCCCAUCGUUCAGUACGUCUCCAUGGUCGACGCCGGCAGCACCGGCUCGCGCAUCCACGUCUACAAAUUCAACAACUGCGGCGCCGCCCCCGAGCUCGAGGGCGAGGUCCUCUUCAAGAUGACCGAGAAGAUCGAGGGCAAGAGCAGCGGGUUGAGCGCGUACAAGGACGACCCCGAGGCCGCCGCCCAGAGCCUGGACCCUCUCCUCGACGCGGCCCUCAAGGUCAUUCCCGACAAGCUGAAGGGCUGCAGCCCGAUCGCCGUGAAGGCGACCGCCGGUCUGCGGUUGGUCGGAACCGAGAGGAGCGGGAAGAUCUUGGAGGCCGUCAGGCACCGCCUGGAGACCAAGUACCCCUUCCCGGUCGUCUCCGACCAGGAGGGCGGCGUGUCCAUCAUGGGCGGCGCCGACGAAGGUGUCUAUGCCUGGGUCACGGUGAACUACCUGCUCGGCAAGAUUGGCGGCCCCGACCACAGCGAGACUGCUGCCGUGUUCGACCUCGGCGGCGGUUCCACCCAGAUCGUCUUCCAGCCGACCUUUGAAGGUCUCAGCUCCGGCGGGAUGCCCGAGAAGCUCGCCGAGGGCGACCACAAGUACGACCUCAGCUUCGGCGGCCAAAAGUUCAGUCUCUACCAGCACUCCCACUUGGGCUACGGCCUGAUGGCGGCGCGGGAGGCCAUCCACGCCACGCUCGUCGAGGACCUCCAUGAGCAGAACAAGGACGACGCCGCCUGGACCAAGAACGCCGUCGUCAAUCCCUGCCUCUCGGUCGGCACGUCCAAGAACGUGACGGUCAAGCUGGGCGACAAGCACCCGCUCGGCGAGAGCCUCGACCUGACCAUGACGGCGCCGUCCACCGCGGGGGCGACCCAGUGCCGCAGCCUGGCGGAGCGCAUCCUCAAGAAGGAGGCCGAGUGCAAGCUGGCGCCGUGCUCCUUCAACGGCGUGCACCAGCCGUCCAUCGCCAAGACCUUUGCGCGCGAGGACAUGUACUUUUUGUCCUACUUCUACGACCGCACCCAGCCGCUCGGCAUGCCCGAGUCCUUCACCCUGCGCGAGCUGUCCGACCUCACUAGGAGCGUGUGCGGCGGCGAGCAAAGCUGGGACGUCUUCGCCAGCGUGCCCGGUGCCCUCGACGAGCUGCGCGACCGCCCCCAGCACUGCCUCGACCUCAACUUUAUGUUGGCCCUGACACACACCGGCUACGAGAUGCCGCUGGACCGGGAGGUGCGGAUCGCCAAGAAGAUCAAGGACAAGGAGUUGGGAUGGUGUCUGGGCGCUAGCUUGCCGCUCCUUUCUAAGGGAUCUGGAUGGGAGUGCAGAAUUACUGAGACACAUUAGGGGGAGGAAACAUGAAUUGAGCUGGUUGGAUCAGGGGGGGAACAUGAUUACGUGUUCAAAUAGCACAUCAAGCCCGGCGAGGCGUGAUGCUCUGAUUUGUACGACUGAAGAAGUACAACACGGAACGAAGGGAUAGACAACGUUAUUUAUCUAAUGUAGUGUGGGUAUUAUGGGCCAACUAUGGUCUCUCAAACCUUGUUCUCCUGGUUUUCCCAACAGUGAUAUGUACCACGCCCAAACCUCCCACCUCCCGUAAUGUACUCUAUCCCCCCACCCAAAACAGGUACCCAAAACUAAAACUAACCCGGCACCCUCACCGCCCCCAAAAC